AUGGAGAAGCACAUUUAUGAAUUAUUUAAAUAUCUAUUAGAAAAAAGAGUUCUUUCUGAUAAGUCUAGUAAUAAUGCAUAUAAUGAUCCUUAUAUUCAAGAAAAUAUCUCUUAUGCUAAAUAUUAG